AUGUUGAACCCCGUUGAAGCUCUCUCCAAGUAUCCUCCCACUCUCUCAAUUAUCUCCGACACGUUCUCGUCUGCCUUCUCAAGGAGUGUGACAUACCAGAAUGACACACAAACGACAAGCACUAUGAGUGGCGCUACUCGGCCGAAACUCCGUACCAAAACUGGCUGUCUGACCUGCAGACAGCGCCGUAAGAAAUGCAACGAGAAGUUCCCUGUCUGCGACGCCUGCAGCUUGUCCAGCAGGAAUUGUCAAUGGCCGUCGUCUUCAGACCUCCUUGAUCGUCGCUAUGCUUCCCACUCCGACUCUCGACAUCGAGAGCCUAUCGCUAAACCGAAACCCGAGCACAUAACGACACUAAUAGAAGAUGGUCAGGCCUGGGAGGGGCCGGUGCAGGAAAUCCAGCAUGAUGCUGUUCCUGUCGCUUUUCACGGCGACUCCGAAGGGAUGCACCCCCUGGAUCUUGUCUUGGAGGCUGGCGCUGUCCAUGGCGUCAUCUCCCAUGACCUAGAGCUCCUGCUCUCUCGACAUUUUGCCGACAGAUACUUUUCUCUUCUGCUGCUGCCUAGCUGCCAUCGAACUCUCUACUCUUCUUGCAACGGUUUCGAGUCACGAGAAUCACAAUGGCCUAUUGAUGUCCGUGAUGCUAUUGUAUCUGCACGGGGAUGGGGCACCACCAACGAUAUACCACGGCAUGUCAGUGCGGCAACCCGCAUCGUCACACUCCGCCUUCUAAACCGACCCGACAGCACACCACGGCUUUUUGAUAGACUAGCCAUCGAGAGCGUCGUCUACCAGACCUUCCUUGUUUCGACCGGCCUUUGGUCUGACAGUAGUGAACUUAGUUAUGAUUUUAAUCCUGACUUCUGGGAUGGAGCCGAGAAGGUAUUGGAACGGUCAACCCUCUUUCCAGGGAACCAGAGGGCCCUCAACAGCCCAGUGCUUGGUGUACCUGCGUCACUUUUCCGACUGGUCAUGUUGCUGAGACAAUGCUAUCGAGUUGGCUUCUCACUUGACCCGACCACUCUGGAGCAACUGAGGAACGAGGUGGCCAGCUGGGAAGAACAAUUACUCUACGACGAGGACUUCCGAUCACGCUUUAAUGAGACCGCAAAACUAACGCCUCAGGAAACAUGUUUUAGGGACGGGAGCUAUCUCUACGUAACACUUGCUUCUCUUUUGUUGGAGAAGAUAUUGCAGGGCCAGGUGAGCGCGGGACCCCCGCUCGCUGUUCCCAAGGAUACCUGGCAGAUUCAAAUGGCGGUUCAGGUUCUCAAGAGUCAUCAAAAUGACCAGGUGUGGACAAAAUGUUAUCUCGGCGACUGGCCCAUCUAUUCCCUCGGGUUGUUCAUGUCAUCUACUGAACACAAGCAACUGACCACUUUAAUUAACAUCACCGCUACGACAAUAUCUCGAAUCAAGAUGGGUUCUAUCUCAGUCGACCAGUACACCGACUUCAGGAGCAUCGCUGUCGAUGGACUUCCCUUCUUCACUCCCAAACAGCGUGUGCCCGUGGGCACGGCACUUUUGGCGCCUGAUGACGGCGUGACAGAGGAUACCAUCACUCCAGCUUUCCGUCCCAUUAUGAUCCGCAGCAAGACUUUCCAGAAUCGCAUUUGGGUUGCCCCUAUGUGCAUGUAUAGUUGCCAGGACGGCAUGUUCAGCGACUUUCAUGUUAUGCAUUAUGGGCAAUGGGCUAUGAGGGGUAGUGCCCUGAUCACAUUGGAGGCAACUGCUGUUACACAGAGGGGGCGGAACACUCCACAAGACGCAGGCCUCUGGUCUGAUGACCAUAUCCCACCUCUUAAGCGGGUUAUCGAUGUGAUCCACUCUCAGUCACAAAAGGUUGCUAUCCAGCUACAACACGCGGGGCGGAAGUGUAGCAUAUGCCCCCCAUGGCUUGGACUUCGUCUUGUCCCCGACGCCUAUGGCGGAUUUGCCAAAGACGUGCAAGGCCCAACUGCCGAGCCUUGGAACGAAAACUAUGCCACACCAAGCGAGAUGACGGAGGCAGAGAUUCUUGAGACUAUUGGGGCUUAUGGUAAAGCUGCUGCCCGUGCCGUCAGGGCAGGCAUUGAUGUCAUCGCAAUCCACGGGGCCCACGGAUAUCUCAUCCAUUCCUUUGCCUCUCCUGCUACCAACAAGAGGACCGAUAGAUGGGGUGGAAGCUUCGAGGGCCGCACUCGAUUUGGUAUCGAGGUCGUCAGAGCUGUUCGACGCAAUAUCCCAGAAGAUAUGCCACUCUUUUGGAAGAUAUCAGCUGUAGACUGGCUUCCUGCUGGGGAAGGCUGGGAGCUGGAAGACACUCUCCGAUAUGUGCCAAUCUUGGCCAGCGAGGGCGUCGACCUGUUUGACGUUUCCAGCGGAGGAACCGAUAGACACCAGAAAGUGCAGCUGGGACAGCAGUACCAAGUCCCCUUUGCGAAAGCCGUGAAGGACCUGAAGCUGCCCAACGUAUUUGUCGGCGCCGUGGGUUGGAUCCGAGACGGAGAAACAGUUCACAAUAUUCUGAGUAAUGAAAAAGCAGACGUUGUCCAUGUCGCCCGCGAGUUCUUGCGAGAUCCCAACUUUGUUCAGAAGGUUGCGCUCUCCACCAAGACAGAGGUCACUUGGGUUGACCAAUAUCACCGCGCGCCAAUGAACAAAAAGUAUGUCGAGUCAACCACCACGAUAACUACGGAUCGAAAGGCCUUGGAUAAUGUCACACAGACGCAUGAAAACCAGGCUUCAAACAAGAUGAGCUCUUAG